ACGGGCGGAACCGUAGACGCAUGAAAAGGGCAGAGCGGCCGCUUCCGCGUUCCCGCUCUCAACCAGCCUUCUCUCCAGAGGCGAAAGUGAGAGAGGCGCCUGGGCAAAUCAAAAAUGACAGCCGGUUUGCCCGCGAGUCGGUGGGGCAGGAUGAGCCUUCCGUAGGCAACCGAGCGCUGGAUUUGGCUCUGGGGAAGUGGGACCUCGGUUUUCGAACGUCUCUAUUGACGAACAUUUCGGUUUAUGAACACUGUAAACCUGGAAGUAAAUGCUUUGGGUUUCGAACAAGCCUUGGAAGUUGAACAUGCCACGCGGCUUCCGCUGAGUGCAAGAUCCUGAUGCCUAGCUGCUGGCUGUUGAGUCCUGAGUACCCGUGCAUCACAGAGGUGAUAUUUGGGCUUGUAUGCAAUCAAUUUGGUGACUGUAUGAAAUCUGUGCUCAUCUCAUCUCAGGAGCUCUCUUGCAACCAAUUUGUUUUUGUGACUGUGUGGAACCCAGUGCAUACAUCUGUAUUCAUCUCAUCUCAGGAGCCCUCUGCCAAUCACCUUGUGCUGUGAGAAAUGGAUAAAAGCUGCAAAGCCAAGAGAAUCCUUAACAGAAUAACAAUAGAGGUGAAGAAGGAAAUUAUUUCCAAACAUGAAAGUGGUGUCCGUGUAUGUGAUCUGGCAAAGCAGUUUGGUGUUGCCAAAUCUACAGUUUCUAGCAUCUUAAAAAAUAAAGAAGCCAUUAAAGGAGCCAAUGUUGCAAGAGGUGUUAAAACACUUACAAGACAAAGAACACAGACAAUUGAAGAAGUGGAAAAAUUGCUUUUCAUAUGGAUAAAUGAAAAACAGUUGGCGGGUGACCGCAUUUCUGAGAGCAUAAUUUGUAAAAAAGCUUUACAUUUGCAUGCUGACCUCAUCAAAAACACCCCUGGAACAAGUGCUGAGAGUGAUAUUUUCAAGGCAAGUAGAGGGUGGUUUGAUAAUUUUAAGAGGAGAAGUGGCAUACACAGUGUGGUCAGACUUGGUGAAGCUGCCAGUGCCAACAAAGAAGAUGCCAACCGAUUUGUUUUGGCAUUUAAAGAUUGUGUAGAGGCAGAGGGUUUCCUUCCCCAACAAGUUUUCAACUGUGAUGAGGCAGGCCUCUUUUGGAAGAAAAUGCCAAAGAAUACCUACAUAACAAAGGAGGAGAAAUCAUUGCCAGGACACAAGCCCAUGAAAGACAGGCUAACCCUUUUAUUAUGUGGGAAUGCAAGCGGAGAUUUUAAGCUGAAGCCUUUGCUAGUCUACCAUUCUGAGAACCCCGGGGUAUUUAAGAAAAACAGUGUCAUAAAAAGCAAAUUGCCUGUGAUGUGGAGGGCAAACAGGAAAGCUUGGGUAACCAGGCAAUUUUUUAUUGAGUGGGUUCAUGAAGUGUUUGGGCCAAGUGUAAAAGAAUACCUCCAAUCCAAAAAUCUUCCAAUGAAGUGCCUGCUUGUUAUGGAUAAUGCUCCAGCUCACCCUCCAGGAUUGGAGGAAGAGUUGGUGGAAGAGUUCAGUUUUAUCAAUGUCAUGUUUUUGCCCCCCAACACAACUUCUCUCAUCCAGCCCAUGGAGCAGCAGGUCAUACCUAAUUUUAAGAAGCUUUACACCAGAGCACUGUUCCAAAGGUGCUUUGAGGUGACCUCGGACACAGAGCUAACCCUCAGAGAGUUCUGGAAGAAUAAUUUCAAUAUCCUACAUUGCUUACAUCUCAUAGACAAAGCAUGGAGGGAUGUGCCUCAGAGAACGCUGAUGUCGGCAUGGAAGACACUGUGGCCAGAAGCUUUCCUUGAAGGUGUAUUUGAGGAUGUUGAAGAGGAUGCUCCUAUUGUUGAGGAUAUUGUGUCUCUGGGAAAGUCCAUGGGCUUGGAAGUGAGUAGUGAUGAUAUUGAGGAGUUAGUGCAGGAUCACAAGACGGAACUCACCACAGAAGAACUCCAGAACAUUCUGACGGAGCAGCAACAGGCGGCAACUGAGGAAUUGUCUGAGGAGGAGGAGGAGGAGGAGGAGAGGCAAGAAAGUCUUCCUACUGCACUAAUCAAAGAAAUGUGUGCAAAAUGGGUUGAAGUGCAAAGUUUUGUUGAAAAAUAUCACCCUGAUAAAGCUGCUGUAAGUUGUGCCACUAACACUUUCAAUGAUCAUGCUAUGUCUCACUUUAGACAAAUUUUAAAACAUCGAAAAAAUCCUUCUUGUUGGGAUUUGUAAACUGCUUAGGGGGUUUAUGUUGAAAUAUGAAGUGGUACAUAAAUGAACUAACUCCUCCUUGGGAAACUUGAAAGCCUCGUUAUCACCUCACUUGCCAAAACAAGGAGCAUCUGCCAAACACCCUGGUGCUCCAGCAGAUGACAUCAUUGCUCCAGCUCUGAAAGAAGUCCCAGAGCUGGAUUCCCCGUGGUUCACCUCUAUUAUGCACCACCAGUGGGGAGACAGGGUGCUGACCUUCUGUUUCACUGCCUGCUUCAGUGGCUGGUGAGUUCUGAGUAGGGAUCAAACAUGGGGGGGGGACCCCCAGCUAGAGCUGUGUUUAGCAAAAGGGCGGAAAAGACUGAGGGGGGAGAUUAUUGCAAUGGUUUCAUUUUUAUUUAUAAUUGUGUGUUUGAUUGUCGUAACCUGUCCUGGGACAUUAUGGCACAGGGCAUGUAAAAAAUAAAAUGUAAAUAAAUAAAAGAGAGGCAAGGUUUUUGAUCCAACAUGGCAUUUGGUUAGGUUCAUAUGUCACCAGGGAGUGGGGAUGAAUUGUAGAAACAAGAGUCCACGAAAACCCAAGUCCUUGAAACUGUUUGCAAAGUCUGAUUGCAAACUUUUAAUCCAAGCCAUUCUUCACGGCUGCCUUUAACAGCCUCACGUCAUAGUGUUUCCCCACAGUAGCCAACCAGGUGACUCUGAGGCAAUUAGGAAAUAACCCACUCUCCCCCUUCAUGAUCCCUAGCAACCAGUACUUUAGGUUUACUGCCAGUCCUAACCUCCUGCUGCAAAGCCACACAGCCCAGCAACUCUUGCAGCUGAUUUCCAAGACCAUAAAGUCAAGCCAUCUUCUCACCAGCUGCUUUGCAGUCUAAUCCGCCGCCGCUAUAUGAACUCCAGGAAUUUGUCAGCUAGUAAAUUUAUCCAGUGUGUAG